AAUGCACACGCGUGGACAGACACAGCGUUCAAUUGACUUGGUCGGAAAUCACCCCAAAAUAUCCGAGUUAGCCAUUUUGCCCUACACAAUAUCGACUCACGUACAGUCCGGCCAUUGAUAAACCAGCUGUUCUCACUGGUCACGCUUGUUGAUUACAGAGGCAGACAAACCAGGGGGGAAGAAGAACCACAUCCCGACCAGAACAGCUCUGACAUCUCCCAGAAACGAAGCGUCUCUAACUUCCCUCCCUGAUCAACCUAAUCACAACGGGAGAUGGAGAUCAUUAAAGUAGAUAAAGCAGACAAAGCACCCGGGCCCUCCAAGCUCAUCCCUAAGCUCUUGGACUGAACACCUGCAACUGGAUCCUGGACUGCCUGACGGACCACCCAAGGUGGUGAGGAGCCGCAGCUGAAGGGCAUUGUGACGCGACUGUUCAGCGAGCAGGGCUUCUACCUGCAGAUGAAGCCGGACGGCACCAUAAAUGGGACCAAGGACGAGAACAGCGACUACACUCUGUUUAACCUCAUCCCGGUGGGGCUGCGGGUGGUAGCCAUCCAGGGGGUGAAGGCCGGCCUCUACGCAGCCAUGAAUGGAGAGGGCUUCCUCUACACCUCAGACUUGUUCACAGUAGAGGCGAAAUUCAAGGAGUCUGUGUUUGAGAACUACUACGUCAUCUACUCAUCAACACUGUACCGGCAGCACGAAUCUGGCAGGGCCUGGUACAUGGGCCUCAACAAGGAUGGCGUGGUCAUGAAGGGCAACCGGGUGAAGAAGACAAAGCCCUCUUCACACUUUGUGCCCAGACCCAUCGAAGUUUGCAUGUACAAAGAGCCAUCGCUGCAUGACAUCGAGGAGAAGGGCCGCUCACGGAAAGACUCAGGAACUGAGGCUCCCGCUCUCCUAAACGGAGGAGAAAAAGUGGCGGGCCAGGACUCCACAGGGCAGGACGGUGGCUCAUAGCCUGCACAUUGCCCCAUUGAUUUCUUACACCUUGUUCAACGACAACAACAACGACGAUAAAUGAGAACACAACAAAAUAUAAAAAAUAAACACAUUUUAAAAUCAGGACGUUGAAUUGACAUUUUAUGCAAAAGCCUGAUGCGAGUGUGGCACCAGGAAGCUCAUCCACCUUAUCAUGACAAUGUCAAUGUUUUAAAGUCAAACUCUAAAAUAAGCUUUAUACCAUGCUAGUUCACACAUCUUGAUUUAAUGAAUGCGACAGCACUUUCAUUGUGUUGUUAUAAUCAUGAAUAAGAAUAGUAUUGUAAUUGAUUUUAGGGCUCUAUUCAAUCUGAUCGACUUUUGUCGGCAUACGCAUAGCGGUCGUCUUGGCGGUGUCGGAGAUGGAACUGCGCUAGAGUUGUCAAAUCGACAUGCAGCUCCUGGCAUUAUACCUAAAGCAGACAUUGCCAUUAAGAGAAAUCCCAUGCAGCCUUGUUUACAAGUUCGAACACAGGAAUGUGAGAUUAGGCUGAUAGAAAUCCUCAUAAUUUCGUUUAAAGAUUUUCAAUUUGAGCGUCAUAUUUUCUCUAUAUCCUACACUUUCUCAUUCUGAACUCGGGUGUGGCUUCAUGACAAGGAUCAAGAGCAGCUGCUCACAGAUUUGACAGCUCCAACACAGUUACACCUCCGACACUGCCAAAACAUCAGCUAUGGGGGUGUCGGCUAUCGCCGGUUAAAGCUUGAUCUGAUUGACUCUAGGCCUAAGACUCUUUCCCCCCUCCCUAUCAUUACGAUCAUUUUCCUUUUGGGUUGGAGGAGGGGAGUCAUGGCGGGGUAAAGGCAGGGGGAGGUUUGAGGGUCUCUUCUACAGACACUCCUUUCAUAGGGGAAUAGGCGUGUAUCACAAAUCCUGCUCUCUGAUUUGAUAUGAUGCUCAUUGGGGAUGGGCCAGGGGUAUCACUGGGGUAGGGGGUUUAGCUACCUGUCCAAAGGUAGGCUGGUCACGUGGUACAGUUUAGUAUUAUUGUUAUCCACUUGAGCUGUUAGUGCAGCCACUGUUCUCCUGCACUCACAGAGCAGUCACGCUGGUACAGAAGUUUCUGUGAGACAGACAUAUGUAGAGUUCCGAUACUGUACAGGAGUCAAGGAUUCAUAUAAUUUUUUUUUACGCCAAGAAACAGUGUACAGAGUAUGAAACUCUGAAAAGGAAGUCUUAUUAUUGGUGUGAGGCUUUUUUUUUUUUUAAUAGUUUGUUACAGUAACAGGCAUUUGAACAAAAGACCCAGAAAAAUAUUUGAAUGUGAGCAUUGUGAUGGUCACUCUUGAAGGUCAGAGGUCAAACCCUGAUGUCAGCUUUCAUGAUACUUACUGCUGCCAUCAAAACCUGAGUUCCAUGCCCAGUUAUACCUUCAGAUAUCAUCCAGGAAUUCCUUCAUAUUUCAUUGGGACCUCCACUUAUUAUAGCUAUUUAUAUUUUAGAGUGCUCUACUAAAAGCACAGACUGCAUUCUCGACCAUCCAAAUCAUACAAUGUGUCAUUGUAUGAACCUCAGCAUUCCUGUGUGAUAAUUUGCACUACUGGGAAUCUGUUAUACACUGCCCUAAUUCAUUGUAGACUCUGGAUCCGCUGCUGGGAAUAUCUACACACACUGCCCUAUAUCCUAUUGUCUUAUCUCCAUACUCAUAACAGUUCAACUCAUCAUAACUCACCACAGUCCACCAACACUGGGGGAGAGUUUUUAGAUACAUUCAAAUUAGACUAUUAAGGAGUCAUGAGGUUGUCUCUGAUUGGCUGCUGUGCUGAAGGAGGCCCAACCUGAAGGCGGGGUUCCCACCUGAAUUUUCUUUGUGUAAAUUGGUGAUUUUGCAUUUCAUCGGUAUACUACUACUCCACUAAGGGAAAAAAAUAUCCAAUCACUCCAUACUGCCUCUGAGAAGUCUUCCAUUUGGGUAAAAAUGACACCAGCACUAGGACUACUUGUGUUGGAGGGUUGGGCUCAUUGAAAUUAGGUCAGGUCCAUGGCAUGCAGGCAAUGGUAUGAGGGCAAAAAUAAAAUAUGUACCAGUAUUUUUGGAUGUCUCGUAAAGGAGAUAGGCCCUUUGUCGAUCUCACCCUGACCAUGGAGGGUAAAACUGAAGGGUGAGAUUAAUGCCAUAUUUACGGUAAAUGGUCUUUGUUUGCUAAUGUUUGCUCCUUUAUUGAAACACAUUCAUAUGCAUCAUAUAAUAGAAAAACAUUGCAAAUAAACAGCAGGAUGAAAAAAUAUAAUUGAACAAUAAAAAAGAUUGU